AUGUCUGAACAUAUAAAGGAUGUAAGCAUGGAAGAUGUUAGGGAGGCAGAUAAUCAAGGGGAGGACCGGAGGCAAGAGCGCCAGGGGUAUGCUGGUGAGCUUGUAGAAUCUUUUUCUGAAAUGAAACUAAUUGGGGGCGGUAAUGUUCCACACAAUACACUAAGUAAUAAAACUACAAGUACACUUAUUUUUGAUUAUGACGACGAUAUUCCAGUUCCUAAGCGAGAAGAGGCUGGUGGAGAUUUGGGUUCGGCUUCGGAUAUGGAAUCGCUAGACGAAGGAGGCGAAAUGUCUGGACAACAAGGACAGGAAUCUGGUUCUGGUGGUGAACUAACUCCACAGCUGGGCAAUGCUGGAGUGGGCCCUCAGGGGCAGAGCCAAUCGGAACAGAUUUCCCAAGAGACGCGACAGUAUGUCUCCAUGAUGGUUCCAGUACAAAUCACGUGGCAGCAAGGUGGGACGAAAGUUUAUGUAACGGGGUCGUUCACUGGUUGGCGAAAGAUGAUUGGACUUGUUCCGGAUGCUAACCAACCCAACCUGUUUCGUAUUAAGUUGCAGCUGCCUCCUGGGACACACAGGUUCCGGUUUAUAGUUGAUAAUGAAUUGCGGUUUAGUGACUUUUUGCCAACGGCGACUGACCAGAUGGGCAACUUUGUUAACUAUUUGGAGAUAGCGGCGGUUCAGCCUCCCCCCCAGCCGGCUCCGAUAUACGAAGCGGACACGCAGGCGCAGCAACAGCAGUAUGAACAACAGUAUUCUCAGCCGAUCGGCGAGCAGGUACAUCGCGAGGCAAACGAUCGCUACACAAUUGGCAGUGCUCCUAACGAGCAGCAUGUGCGCGAGUCUGUUGGAUCUGCGGCUCGAGGGAGCACACAGUCACGUGAAUUCCAGGGUCUAAGUGCGCGCUCAAAAUUGGCACUGCAAAUAGAAAAGGAACCGGAUGACAUGGGUGAUGGCUACUCUCGCUUCCGUCAGGAAGUGACUGUUCGUCCUAAAUUCGAGUUCACUCAGGAAAUCCCUGCGGUGUUUACCGAUCCUUCCGUGAUGAGUCAGUAUUACCUCACACUAGAUCAGCAACAAAAUAAUCAGCAGAAUUUCGCAUGGCUGACGCCCCCUCAGCUGCCUCCCCAUUUGGAGCACGUCAUCCUCAACAUGUAUAAUAAGACGGCCGAAGGUGCCAACGAAAACACGUCUGGUGCCCUCCCCAUACCAAACCAUGUCGUUCUGAACCAUUUGGCAACGAGCAGCAUCAAACAUAACACUCUCUGCGUCGCUAGCACUGUAAGAUAUAAACGAAAAUACGCAACGCAAAUCCUUUAUGCCCCACUGCAGUAA